GCCCAGGACAGUUUUCAUUUCCGUCUGUGUUGCCGUGGUUUUUGUCGUACUGGAUACUGAUACAAACUUGUCAGUAAGUAAUAAGAGUAAAACGUAUAUGCAGAACUAAACUGAUACCGGUGUAUCAUCUCCCCAGCAGCUUCUGUUUUAUAGUUAACGUUAUGUUUGAAUCAAACAGCUAGCAUGUCAAGUCAGUUCCCCACUUUUUAUUUUGGUUUGUCACUGAAGAAACGUUCCGCUUCAGCAUGUUGUCCUCAGGAUGUAGUCCGCUGACAGCGAGGAAGACGUUUCUCUCAACUCCCAAAGUAACGUUAAAGUCUUAUUUGUAGCUAUCUGUUUUGUAAGCCACAAACUAAUUACAGCAACUGGUUUUUGAACGUGUUUCGGUAUUAGAAAGCGGGGUUCAAUGAAAGAAAAGGUUGUUGACAACAAAUACUGCCGUUUUAACGUUUCCGUUUGGGCCGAGUUCAACGUCCAACUCGGAGUAUAGAAAAUACGCACGUCGUUUAACAGUACAUCAACCUGGAGUCAACAUGUCAGAGUCUGCUGACAGUCGCACCAUUACGUUAAAUUUCAACGUCGGGGUGCUCGGACAUGUCGACAGCGGGAAGACAUCGCUUGCCAGGGCGCUGAGCAGCACCGCCUCCACGGCUGCCUUUGACAAGAACCCGCAGUCCCGCGAGAGAGGCAUCACGCUGGACCUCGGCUUCUCCUCCUUCACGGUGGACCUUCCGGACCACCUGCGGGACAGUGGAGGCCAGCAGCACUAUGACAGCCUGCAGUUCACUCUGGUGGAUUGUCCGGGUCACGCCUCUCUUAUUCGCACUAUCAUUGGGGGUGCCCAAAUUAUUGACCUGAUGAUGCUGGUGGUGGACGUGGUGAAAGGGUUGCAGACUCAGACUGCAGAGUGUCUGCUGAUAGGAGAGCUGACUUGCCCUCGCAUGGUGGUCAUUCUGAAUAAAAUUGACCUACUGCCACCCAACAAAAGACAGAGUGCCAUUGAGAAAAUGACCAAGAAACUGCACAAAACUUUGGAGCGAACCAGAUUUAAGGAAUGUCCAGUGAUUGCUGUGGCAGCGAAGCCCGGGGGCCCGGAGGCUCCUGACACAGAGGAGCCACAUGGAGUGCCAGAGUUAAUAGAGCUUUUGAAGAAACAGACAUACCUCCCUCAGAGAGACCCUGGAGGUGACCUCCUGAUGGCUGUGGACCAUUGCUUCUCUAUCCGUGGUCAGGGAACAGUCAUGACUGGAACCAUCCUGCAGGGGUCGCUGGCAAUCAAUGACACUGUGGAAAUCCCAUCACUAAAGGUGACCAAGAAGAUAAAGUCGGUGCAGAUGUUUCGGAAGCCUGUGUCAGCAGCCAUGCAGGGGGAUCGUGUGGGUGUGUGUGUGACACAGUUUGACCCUAAACUGUUAGAGCGGGGUGUGGUGUGCACCCCAGGGUCUCUGCGCACACUCUAUGCAGCAGUCAUCUCUGUGAGGAAGAUAGGCUACUUCAAGGGCUCUCUUGCCACCCGUGCAAAGUUCCACAUCACAGUGGGUCAUGAGACAGUCAUGGCGAGGGUUAUGUUCUUUGGCCUGCCACCCGUUGGUGCCUCAGAGCCGCCUUCAGACACUACUCCAUCUACAUCUCAGCCCUGCUCACUGGAUUUACCCUUCACCUUCGAGAGACAGUACUUCUACCAGGAUAAAUAUGAAACUGGUCAGAGAGAGGCGAGUCUGGCACCUGAGCCAGAACAAUGGGCCUUGUUGGAGUUUGAGCGGCCAGUCACAUGCCCCUCACUCUGCCUGGUGAUUGGUUCCAAGCUGGACACAGAUAUCCAUGCCAAUGCAUGCCGGUUGGCUUUCCAGGGCCGUCUACUACAGGGGUUUGAAGAUAAAGGCUACGCUGAGACUGCCCUACCUCGUCUGCACAUCUACAAGACGAAACACAAGGAGGGCCAGGUGGAAAGGGUGACUGACGAUUACACUGUGAUUGGCCGCAACCUGUUCAAGAAGGAGACCAACCUCCAGCUGUUUUUGGGGUUGAAGGUCACACUGUCGACAGGCGAGAAUGGCAUUGUGGAGGGUGGGUUUGGACAGAGCGGAAAGUUCAAGAUCCGAGUACAAGAGGGUCUUUCUCCUGAAACCAAGCAAUUGUUAUCCUCCACCUCUAAGAAGAAAGGGAAGGGUGGAAGCAAAGGUGGACCAACAAUUGAAGAGGAGCCCAAAACAGAUUCUCAGCCUGUUAGCAUUCACUUGCAUUUCAAGCGGUAUGUCUUUGAUCCCCAUAAAAAGAUGGUUCAGUCUUGACCUUUGUUGCACGCACUUCCCCCUGACCUCCAGUCACAGUGUUACAGCCAGGCAGAGAGCAGUUUCAGAGGUCACGUGGAGGUGAGGGGAAUACUGGCCUCUGUAUCAGAGGUAUGAUCAUGUUCUUCUAUCAGCCUCUGAUGGAGACAGUCUGCUAAAAUGCAAUGAUUGUGGAAUGCUGAAUGCAUGUGAAACAACCCUUUUUUAAUCAUUUCGCAGGGAGAUGGACUUAAUCCAGUUUGCUCCAUCACAAGGUUUGAGGGCUCUUCUGUCCUGAUACAUUUGAGUUGUCUCAACACAAAUCAGUAUCGUUGUUCUUGUUGUAAGUAAGAAUCAAUUCGUUUGACUUUUUUUCUGUAUGUUUCUAAUUCAGCUGAGCCUUGAUUGGCAUAAACACAUUGGCUAGUAUUACAGAAACAUUGAACUCACAGAUUUCAACUGAUCUCUGUAAUCACAGUCUGUGUCUUGUUCUCUAGCUGGAAUAAAGGUCAUGUUAUGUUUCAGGCUUCAUUGACUGUGUGAUUUCAAAAUGAUUUGUCCAUAUUUCUAUAGUUUUUCUUUUUCAUUUCAUUUUACUUUAAUGGUGUUUUGUAGAGCUACAUUUUAUACAGAUUAGAAGUUAUUCCAGAGGUUGCUUGAAUUUAAUUGAAUACUGAUCUUUUCAGAAAGACAAAUAAAGCAAACCUAUGCUGAAACUUUA